AUGAUUAAAGCACCCAACGGUUCAACAAAGGGCCAAGAGGCGGAGAAAAAAGAAAGAGUGUGGAGUGAGACUAGACUUGUGGGGGUAAGUAACAAUGGAAAAUUCAACGACAUACGAUGGAAGUCAUUAAUCACCUGUUGUUACCCUAUCAGAGCUCAAACUUCGAAUCUGAGUAACACUCCGACCGAUGAAGAUGACGAUGAAGGUUUCGUCCUCGAAGACGUUCCUCACUUGACGAACUUCCUACCUGAUUUACCGACAUAUCCAAAUCCGUUAGAGUACAGCCAAGCCUAUGCAAUAGUUAAGAAUACUUUUGUUAGUUCAGAAGAUGUUGUAGCACACCAAGCAGUCCAAGAAGGAGUGCACUUUAGGCGUGCAGGACCUCGUGAAAAGGUUUAUUUCAAGCCAGAGGAAGUACGAGCUUGUAUUGUGACAUGUGGCGGAUUAUGUCCAGGGAUCAAUACAGUCAUCAGGGAGAUUGUAUGCGGGUUGAAUUUUAUGUAUGGUGUUAAUAACAUACUUGGGAUUGAGGGAGGGUAUAGGGGUUUCUAUUCAAGAAACACCAUGGAAUUGACUCCAAAAAUUGUGAAUGAUAUUCAUAAACGUGGUGGAACUAUUCUUCAGACUUCAAGAGGUGGUCAUGAUACAACCAAGAUUGUUGAUAACAUCCAGGAUCGUGGGAUAAAUCAGGUUUACAUAAUUGGUGGUGAUGGCACUCAAAAAGGAGCAGCUGCCAUUUACAAGGAAGUUGAAAGGCGUCGCCUUCACGUGGCAGUAGCUGGGAUCCCCAAAACAAUUGAUAAUGAUAUUGCUGUAAUCGACAAAUCUUUUGGGUUUGAUACUGCUGUAGAGGAAGCUCAAAGAGCAAUAAAUGCUGCACAUGUGGAAGUGGAAAGUGUUGAAAAUGGAGUUGGAAUAGUCAAACUCAUGGGUCGAUACAGUGGAUUCAUCGCCAUGUUUGCCACGUUAGCAAGUCGAGAUGUGGAUUGCUGCUUGAUUCCAGAGUCUCCAUUCUAUCUAGAAGGGCAAGGUGGUCUUUUUGAAUUCAUUCAGCAGAGACUUAAAGAGAACGGACAUGUGGUGAUUGUGUUGGCUGAAGGCGCAGGUCAAGAAUAUGUUUCUGAUAGUGUGAAUGCAGUUGAAGAGAGAGAUGCAUCUGGAAAUAAACUGCUUAUUGAUAUUGGUCAAUGGUUGACUCAGAAAAUUAAAAACCAUUUUGCAACGGACAAGAAAAUGGCCAUAAACAUGAAAUAUAUAGAUCCAACAUACAUGAUACGGGCUGUUCCAAGCAAUGCAUAUGAUAAUAUCUAUUGUACACUUCUUGCUCAAAGUGCAGUUCAUGGGGCCAUGGCAGGGUUUUCUGGUUUUACAGUUGGACCUGUCAAUAGCAGACAUGCAUAUAUUCCAAUACAGCGUGUGACGGAGGCUACAAAUGUUGUUAAGUUGACGGAUAGGAUGUGGGCUAGACUUUUGGCUUCUACUAAUCAACCUACAUUUUUGGAAAAACUUGAAUAAUAAUAAUAAUAAUAAUAGAUAAUCUUCAACUCUUCAUCCAACAAUAUUCAAUCUCUUUCCGAACAUCUGAUUUUGAUGUGAUGCUGCCAACAAUGGAUUAAGAUGUUUGGGGUCCUUGUUAUGUGAUUAAAGAUACUUUACAACUUUCUUCAGGAUAUGCG